AUGUUGAUUCCCAAGGCCGACCGCAAGAAGAUCCACGAGUCCCUCUUCCGUGAGGGAGUUCUCGUGGCGCCGAAGAAGUACGUUACCGACGACCCCCCGUCUCAUAAAGCCACGAUUGCCACGAACUCGGAACCUCGACCGAUGCGCAAAACCUUCGAGAUUCCUCACCCGGAGAUCGACACCAAGAACCUCUAUGCCUGCCAGUCUCUGACCUCGAAGGGCUUCGUCAAGACUCAGUUUUCUUGGCAGUGGUACUACUACACUCUCACUCCCGAGGGCCUCGACUACCUUCGUGAGUGGCUCCACCUCCCUGCUGAGAUUGUGCCGUCCACCCACAUCAAGCAGCAGCGGUCUCAUGCGCCGCCCCGUGGAAUGAUGGGUGGCGAAGAGCGCGAGCGGCGGCCGUUCGGCGGCCGUGGCCGUGGUGACCGUGGAGAACGUGAAGGUGGUUAUCGGAGACGCGAUGCUGGCGAGGGAAAGGAGGGUGGUGCUCCUGGCGAGUUUGCUCCUCAGUUCCGCGGUGGCUUCGGCAGGGGCCGUGGUGCCCCUCCGUCGUAA